GGGGCGCGGCCUGCGGCGUGGGGCAGGCGGCGGGCGGUGCGGCCUGGGCGGCCCCCGGCCCCGCUCGCUUCCAGGCCCCUUUUGGAGAAAAAAACAGCCUCGGAAACGGGCGCCGGCACGUUUUGACUCUGCCCCUUGUCAGUGCCCGUCCCGGCUGCCUCGCCUCUCUGCACCUGCCGGUUUUGUGUGCUGUCAGGGUGGGCAUCGAGUGAGUGACGGCGCGGGGCUGGCUGAGGGCGAGGAGCGCGGCACGUGUCUGGGUGCUGCUGCCUCGCGUGUAGCCGGCGGGCUGGGAGCCCUCAGGGGCGGCUGGGUGUCAGUCUGGCCUCCUCUGGUGUCACUCCGUCCUCUCCCUUUUGGAAAAGGAACUCGUCAGGAGUGCCGAGGCAUGGAGAAGUGAAAGCGUGGCUGUGAUGGGCUUCCUAUAAAGGCUGAGUUUCAUGAGAAGAUCCUUGCUGUUUCAAAAUUCUGUGUCCCUGCUCUGCUGUGUGUGGCAGGAGGUGUUAAAGCAGUCCAUGAAACAUCCUCUGCUCCGCUCCUAAUCAGCACAUGAAGUUCCCGGUGAUGCAGCCCAGGGCUAGCCCUGAUAUGCCAUGGGUUUCUGUGGAGCCUGUGUAGUUCCGGUGUAAAUGCAUGAAGGGCUCAUUGGGUUCCCUGUGUGAAUCACUGCUCAGUGCUUUUGUUGGGAAGUUCAGUGCUUCAGCCUUACGGAUGCUCAGGUCCUGAAACAUUGGCAUGUAUUGUGUUGUUGGUAAGAAGGGACAAGGAAGAAGGUUGGGUACUCAAAAGGUAGCCCUGCGUCUUCGCUAGUCAGUCUGCUUCCAAACCAAAACUAGUCUAGAAAAGUUUCUGUGUUGCCUGGUUAAACAGAUGGCAGUCACUGGGCUUAGUUAUCAAUCAUCUGAGUUGUGAAUGUUUUCUGUGAGCAUCUCUCCAGAGACCUGAAUGCCUCUGGUCUCAGCUUCGUAUGCAGCAAACGUAUUGCAGGCUAUGACUGGACUGGGUCACCUCUGCUGUGCAGCAGGAGCUUCUCUGAAACUAAUUUCAGGUGAAUGUUUAUGGUCACCCACUUUGACGCUUCCUUUUUGCUUGUGCCUGUACACUCAGCAUUGUAAAUUCAUGAUUUUUGGUUGUCCCAGCUGGAUUCUGGCUUACAAGGAUUACAGUUGUAAAAUUCACGAUGAUACGUAACCAUGAGUUUUGAUAGUGUGGGACCAAAAAAUAAUGCUAAAAAGCUGUUCCCAAUUGAUUGCUUCUUUCCAGUGCUGUUGGCUCCUGAAGAGUUGUCUGUACCAAAAUGAUGGCUGCUAAAAUGGCAGUGCUGAGUUGCUAAUGAGGCAAGUAUGGGAAAUCCCAACAUCUUGGAAUUGCUUUGAGUUUUCUCACUGACUUCAGAAGAACUGAGGUUUCAAUAUUGAUGUCUGAAAGUCUUCUGCUCAGGUAGACUGAGUGUCCUUUAGUGUCUAAAGAAACUUUAUGGGACUUGAGGAGUCAGUUCAAAGGAAAGACGCUGUAACUUGAGUGCUGGCUGCCCUAGAUCCCUUUAAGCUGUUGAAAUAGAAACUAACAGGCAGAUCCUGUCCUGUAAUGUGCUGUUCUUGAUAGAUGUUCUCCAAAUGUAGGAGUGUUAGUAAUUUGUUGUGGGACUGACAAAUGUUUUUUAACUGCAAGGCUGGCUGGGAAGCUGAUUUUUAUGAGAGAAGAAUUAUCCAGUGGAAAACUAAUUGAAAAUGCUUACUUUUUGAUACUGCAUUGUUUUAGAUGCAAACCAGCGCGUUAUGCAAACAUGCUGCAGUUAAGUGGUGUUAACUGGCAGGACUGAAGUGUCUCCAGUAAAGAGCCCAGAGAGGGCUGGAAAGAGGAAGAAAAAACCCCGAGUAAUUUUCCUCUUUGCUGCUUCUAGGUAUAGGCAAGAAUAUUACGCUGAAAGUAAAUGCAGGUGAUGGAAUGACCUGCAGUCUCAAGGCUUGAGAUUCUGGGUGUAUGUACUGUUCAGGAGUCCUGUAUUUAUUGCAUUCAGAGUGGUGUAUGGCUUCAGAUUAUUGUGGUGUUCUGGUCUGUUGUCAGAUUUCUGGAUUACACGUGUUGAUUUGAAGGAGUUCGAACGCAUUCUCCUGGUAGUCUGCAUUCAGUUUCUUUUUCAGGGUGUGUUUUUUCAGUGUUGAGAAGCAGCCUGGCUGUGAUGCCAGGUAGCUGUGCUGGCUGGGGUAGGUGGAGAGGACAGCAGUUGUGUACGUGGCUGAUUGCAGAAGCGUCUCGGUGCUGCUUUUACUUCCCUUACCAAGGUCAGCAGAUUGCACCUGAGGCAGGUAUUUGGUGGCUGCUGUGCGAUUGUCAGUGGCAGCUGUGACACUGACUGGUGUCUGGACAAAUUCACUCGGCUGUUUGGCACAGCUCUGCGCAGAGACAAGGACACUGAAACUGUCUGUGAGCAUGAUAAGCUUAUCUUUCACCCAUGCUGAAUUUUCCAGGUCCUGUGGAUUAGACCUGGAUACUUGACACUGCUUGUUCUUCAGCUUGCUCUGUUGCCAAGUUUAAGGUGAACACUGUGGAGAAACACGAUCUCUGCAUCAAUGAUAUUUAAGCCUUAGAAGUAUUAUUUUAAUUUUCAUUCUCUAAAUAGCUUUCUGAAAUGGCUUGAUUAGAUAAAGCAGGUAUGCUAUGAAUAUUAGCAUUACCUAAAUGCUCCUUUUUUUAUCUAAAAGUGGUGUUUUCAGCAGGGCACCAAACCACCCUAUCAGCUGCUUUGUAACUGGCAUGGAAGAUUGCCAUGUUUGUCUUUGGUUUUAUUGGUGCUGCUGAAACUUUGCUCUUAAAGAAGCACCUUCAGCUGUGUCAUAUCUUUGUUCAGCUGAAUACAGCAGUCAUCAUUCACAACAUCUGGAGUUACUCAUUAUGUAAGUGCUUCACCUGCCACUAUCACAGUCAAGCUCCUGGUGACUUGGCUAAAUUACUAUAGUACCAUUAACUGCACAUGUACUAUACAUGAUUUUCUUAAUCUAUUUUAAAGGUCUUAUCUAUGUUUGUGUUGGCUUUCUUUCUUUCAUUCUUUCUUUUUUUUUUUUUUUUUUUUUAAUGAACUGUGAUGAUUUUGAGUCUCUAAUCCCAAACAUUUAUUAUUACUUCAAGAUCUACUCACUCUCUUUAAAAAAGCAUAGUGCCAGAAAGUUUGAAUGCAUCUCCUUUAGAGUGGACUGCCAGUCUGGCAUGAAUAUCUGAGAGUAGUGCUACGUAUGUGUUAUUCUGCAUUCCCUUCUGUAGGCAUCUGCUCUACAGACUUUCUCCCUUGUACCUGCGUUUUUGAGUUUUUGUAUGCAGAAGACAUCAUUUCCUCCGCAGAGCCCAUCAUGUUUAAAUGUUUUCUUCAUUUGUUAGAGUUUAACAGUGUUUCCUGCUUCAGCUUUUUGGUGUAAUGCUAUCUGUUUUUUCGCAAAGUUGUGAAGGCAAAUUGAUAUGAGCUUAAUGAUUAGGCUUUAUCAGGCUGUGGUAUGUUUAAUUUCCCUUUCUGUUUUCCAGGGAGCUGUGGGACUCCCAGGAUGCAGUGCAGGAAACAGCAAAGUGUUUACUAAUUGAAUCGUACAGUUUGUACAUGGCUGAGACUAGCAAUGCCAUGCCAUGUCCUGCUGGAAGAGAGGUUGCCUGAGCUUAGCAGAAGGGAUCUUUGCCUGUAAGAUUGGGAACAACAGAAAAAUCCAGUCCUUCUGGCAUGUGUUUUUACUCCUGCGAGCAGUUCACAGGUCUUCUGCACACUUGGCUUGUCAGGAGAUUGUUGUACAAACCAUCUCCCUACUAGCAACAGAUUUGGCCUGACUCUUCAUUUUCCAGGUACACAGGGAUAAGGAGUGUGGCAGAAGCCAGCCUGAUGGAGCUUCUCUUGUGCUCUUGCUGUCAGGGAUGAUUCUCCCUCACAUGGUAUCCAAAACAUCCAAAGGCCAGGUGUGAAUUUGCUUCUACUAACACAGCGACUUCAUUGGGAUAGCUUUUUGCACUGCAGGCUUUGGCUCUUGCCUGCACCAGUAAAUACGUGCCCAGCCUGCAGCCCAGAAGGAUAGGUAGUGGAGUGACAUGUGCUUUCCUUGUGCACUGCUUAUUUUUUUUGAUUGAGUAAGUCUGGAAUGCUGAAGUGGCAUUAUGGGCUGAUUUGAUGUGGAAUGGCUCUCCAUCUACUUGAAGGCCACUCUGGUUUGCAGUAUAAAUGCUGAAGUAUAUGAGUGUAGAAUUUUCUUAUUUAUGGUUUUUAAUAUGCAGCUUUAGAAGGUUUUUGUGGUUUUUUUUUUUUUUAGUAAAAACUGGGAAAUCUGACUGUGUAUACAUGCAGGUAUCUUUUCUGUUGUUCAGUGUAAAUUAUAAUCAUUACAUACUUGCUACUCUUUUGACCUUGUUUUUACUAAGAAGUGCUUUUUAACAUAACACAUAUAUAAAUAUCUAAAUCAACUAAUUGAGGUGACACAUCUUCUGUUAGUAAAUCCAGGUUCCGGAUAGUUGGAAAGAAGAUCAGUGCUGGCUGGGAGUGUGUUUUGUGUGGGCUGGGAGCUGUAGCCAAGAAUAUUCUGUUCUUUUUCCUUCACAAAAUUUUUGUUUCCUUGGUGUUGAGAUCAACUUGGAGUGCUGCACCUCACUCUGCCUGAAGUUAGCCUGCAGCAAAGAAAUUUGUAUCCUGCUACGUUAUUUCCAUCACGCUACUGUGUAACUGAAAUCAGUGGCAGUAUUCCAAGCUAUUGGCGAAUAUGAAGAGCUUAGAGCAGAAAACAAGAAAACGAAAGAGGAGUGUGACAAAAUCAAGCAAGAACGAGAUGAGGCUGUCAAAAAACUGGAGGAGUUUCAGAAGAUUUCUCACAUGGUUAUUGAGGAAGUAAACUGUAUUCAGAAUCAUCUUGAAAUUGAGAAGACAUGCCGUGAAAGUGCAGAGGCUUUGGCUUCUAAGCUGAACAAAGAAAAUAAGACCUUGAAACGAAUUAGUAUGCUUUAUAUGGCAAAGCUGGGCCCAGAAAUUAUCACUGAAGAGAUUAACAUUGAUGAGGAUGAUCCAUCCACGGAUACGGAAGCUAACUCUGGAUCAUGCAAUUCUGUGCAUUGUCAACAGCAAAUAAAAGAGCUGCGAGAUCAAAUCAUAUCUGUUCAUGAGGAAAAGAAGACCUUAGCCAUUGAACUGGAAAACCUGAGGUGCAAACUUGUAGAAGUAAUUGAAGAAGUGAAUAAAGUGAAAGAAGAAAAGGCUGCUUUGACAACAGAAGUUAAUAAACAGCAAAAGCUGUUGGAAAAAUGUAACAGAGUGUCUGUGCUGGCAGUAGAGGAGUACGAAGAGCUUCAUGUAAACUUUGAACUGGAGAAGAACCUACGGAAGAAAGCAGAAUCAUUUGCCCAGGAGAUGUUUAUUGAGCAAAACAAGAUGAAAAGGCAAAGCCAACUGCUUCUGCAAAAUUCUGCUCCUGAUCAGCAGCUUUUGAAGGCUUUGGAUGACAAUGCUAAGCUAACCCAUACGUUAGAAGAAGAGAGGCUUCAACAUCAGCAAAAGGUCAAAGAAUUAGAAGAGCAGCUAGAAAACCAAGCACUGCAUAAGGAGAUUAGUCGUCUUAAACAGCAACUGGAACUCUUAGAAGAAGAUAAAAAGGAACUAGAGCUUAAGUGUCAGAACUCUGAAGAAAAAGCAAGAGACCUAAAGCAUACAGUUGAUGAACUUCAAAAACGAAUACACCAAUCUGAAAAUCCUGCACCUCCUCCUCCGCCGCCACCACCGCCUCCUCUUCCUCCUCCACCUCCUCCUAACCCUAUACGGUCUCUCAUGUCAAUGAUUCGCAAGAGGUCUCACUCCAACACCAAUGUGAGCAAGAAGGAGAAACCUCCUCAGCAGGAGUCAGGUGAAGAAGUUACGGAUCUGAAGAGACAAGCUGUUGAAGAGAUGAUGGACAGAAUUAAGAAGGGAGUUCAUCUCAGACCAGUCAACCAGUCAAGCAGACCUAAAACAAAGCCAGAAACACCAAAGCCCUCUGAAAGUGCAAUGAAAGAAUUAAAAGGGAUUCUGGAAACACUGAACAAAUCCACUAGUUCCCGAAGCUUGAAGUCCCUCGAAACAGACAGUGGUGAAACAGAGCUAGAACGAGUUCUGCGACGUCGGAAAGUGACUACUGACCAGGACAGUGGCAAUUCCACUGGAAUCUUGGCCACGUCAGAAUCCAAAUCUCUGCCCGUGUUGGGUUCAGAAGCCAGUGGUGUACAGACAGCAUUGAAGAAGAAAGAUUCGGAGACGCAGUUCAGUUCCAAAGUACCUGCUUCAGGUCCUGUUUCCAACCAGCUGAAAGAUGUCACAGGUUCCAAAGUUAUGUUACAAUCACCCAGUCAUACGGAGUUCUCAAGGAAAGCUUCUACUAGUGAAAAAGAGACAGAAUCCAUUGUAGUGUUAGAUCCCGUGUCCGCCAGAGGAGAUCAGAUGACUGAAAACACACUGAAUCAGAGCACAACAAAGGAAGAAAAAAGCAAGUCGCUGCAUAAAGAAAGUAAUGCUGAGAAGAUAAGAGAGAUAGACAGUUCUAACUGUUAGUCCCCAUUCUGAAAGGCUGUAACUUUUGGGAGUCAUGUCGGUUGCUUAGGUGUGGUACUGGGGGCUUCAGUCUGCAUUCCUAACAGUUUUCAGUAAUAAGGAUUGAAAUGGUCUUUUGUAUGCAGUUUUGUUACAUGCAUUAGUGUUAAAUAAUUGUAUAUUACUCCAAAUCCCUUUUCCACUUUAGUUUUGCAGGUACGGUUAAUAUUUCUUUAGAUAUGGAUGGUUACCUUACUUUUCUUUAAACUGCAUUUGAAAAGGCUUUUUCAAUUAUUCUUUUAUUGAGAAGCUGCUCUGUUAAAGGUCCAGAAGCCCCUUGCGUCCCCGUUGAGUUUGGGACAGAGCCUAUGCAGGUGACUGCACUCACCUCAGCUUUAGUAUGGGGGUAUUUUGAUAAUUAAAACAAAACAAAACAAUUUUUAGACACGUUGCUUUAAAAAUAUUUUGAUAUCUACUUUAAAAAGAAGUUUUGUAGAUCUGCUCGCAGCUGCCUCCAUGCAGGCCACUUGGAUGACACUGAAAGCACAAAACGUAACCCUUCUGUUCUAGCUUCCCCAGCAGACAGCGAGCCCAGAGACGGAGGCAGCGCAGCGUGUUGUUUUGGUACCAUGCCUUCUGGUAGCGUAGUGCCAGAAGUCUGUGGAGUCUCUGGAGUCUCUCCCUCUGGAGAGAGUGGUGCUCUCUUUUGGAUUAACACCUCUUCAAAUGAGGAUUCAUCUCCUGGUUUCUCUUUCAGUCUUAUGUAGCACUUUGGUACAGACGCAGCUGAAGUCUGCGUGUGCUGCUGCAACAGUGAGUUAGCGUGGGCUCCUCGGAAUUCCUACAUUCGGGAUUCGGCCAUUCUGGGAUUGCAGGUCAUUUGGAGCCAACAUUUUGAGAACUCCCAGGUGAAACCCUGUAGCAUCAACAAAGAAACCUUUGCUUUGAUCCUAGUACAGAGCAGGGGCAUCAAGUUCUCUUUUAGGUAACACUUUAGAUUCCUGUAUUUGGUAACGCAGCUCCCGGUUUCCCUCAGCCCUUAUUUCCUACGAAGAUAGGGAAAUCGGUGCAUAGCUGAUUUGCUGCGCUGCCACUUCGUGUUCCACUGCAGCUUCUUUGUAAAUCCAACACUGUAUCUCAUUCUGUUAUAACGAACAAACAAAUGUAAUCAGGGAACAAAUGCAAACCUAAGGAAGAUCGGUGUAACUGAAAUUGCGUGGUCACGUACCUGAAUGCACUUGGGUUGGUUUUUAUUUAAUGAUUUGAAACAGUGAUAGUAUUGAAGGAUGACUGUUCUGAGUUUGUUAGUUUGGCUCUGCAUGCAACUGUCUGGUGCUUUUUCUCCAAGUAAAGUGAUAGUAACGAGUGUGGUGGUUUCACAUCUCUUCUGGUGUUUUUGCAUGUUUGCUAAGAUAAUCUUGGAUUUGAUCUAAUUACUGAACUGUGUUUAAUUCCUAAACCUGGGGAAAUUUGUCUCUCCUUAUUUGAUACUUUGCUUUCCGGAGGGUAGUGCUGGUUUUGUUGGUUGAUUUUUCACUUACGUAUCUGUUACACUGAAUACAAAAUGCAAUGUUUUAUAUAUGUAUUUUUCCUUGAAUUAUUACUGCUGUAUUAUAUAUGUUCAAAUUUUCAAAUUAUAAAAAAAAACCCAGAAGUUUAAAAAAAAAAAUACUUCUUUUAUGUGAACUCUUUGUUACCUACAAGAUAAAUAAUUUAUUUAUCUUUUCACUGUUGCUUAUUAAAAAGACUACUGACAAGUUUCCCAGA